AUGACCCCUUUGUCCCACGAACCCCGCAUAAGAAGCGGCGCGCGCGUGCUUUUUGCGCUGGUGAAUCUGCGCAGUGGGGGGCACCGCUGCGCUCGGUAUGUGCUCCGCAAGUUCAUUGAUACCCUUGGCGCCGAUCGGGUGUGGGUCCUCUUCGAGGGCGAAAAUAUGGAACACCACCGCACAGAGCUUGAGUGCUUCCUACGCAAGCAAGCCCCCGACUACGUCAUUGUUGCCGGUGGUGACGGUACCAUCUCCUUCGUUGUGGACGUAAUCAAGCGACUCCAGAAUCAAAACUUACUCUCCCCGCACCGUGGCGUGAUUGCGCCUUUUCCACUUGGCACUGGCAACGAUCUCAGCACCUCGCUUGGUUUCGGCAGUGGCUUUGCACGCUGGAUCGUGCUGGGCGAGCGCCGCUUCCAGCGCUUGAUGCGGGACUACGAGACGGCCACCGUCACAAACGUGGAUAGAUGGUCCCUUCACGUGACCACCACGAUGGCACGGCACCCCAACGGUUUGGCGCACAACUAUGUAUUCAACAACUACUUCUCCAUCGGCUUUGAUGCGGCGGUGGCAAACGGACUCAACCACUUUCGGGGUCGUUACCCCCACCUCUUUACAACUAGGCCAGUUAUCAAGCUGUGGUAUGCUGUCUUUGCUGUCAAGGCACUCUUUACCGAGAAGAAGAUCGGUUCCUCCAUUCUGCUUGAAGUGGAUGGGCACCGCGUACCGGUGCCGGCGAGCGCCAAGUCUGUUGCUGUGUGUAACGUGCUGACGUACGCCGGCGGUGCUGUCGCCUGGAACGGUACUGCCGUUGACCACUACGCCAAGCCGUGUGUGUGUGAUGGCCGUGUGGAGAUUGUUUGUUUCUAUGGCAUAUGGCAUCUGGCGCUUGUGCGUCUGGGCUGGUGCUAUGGGAAGAAACUUGGACAAGGCAGCACCGUCUGCAUUGAAACCGAUUGCCACUCCUUCCAAGUUGACGGCGAAGAGGUGCUGAAUAGGACGGGCGCUACGGGUAAAUGUACGGUCCGCAUUGCCCACUUGUCUACUUCACAGUGCCUAGCCGUACCACCACGGUCGGAGACGAACGCCUUUGUCCUCUUGCUCGCACCGGCCGUGGUGGGGCUGGCCAUCAUCAUAAUUCUGUACCUCACCUCCGUUUCGUAG